ACAGCUGCUACUAAAAUGCAAAGUGUGGAGGUGGGUGGAGCUUCGUAUGAGUGGCGUUCAAGGUUGCUGACUGGAACUGGGUUUGUGCUGUAUGGGGGAAGAUUGUUCUGYCUCUGUUGCGGUCACGACUAUGUUUUCCAGGACUGCCUAGCACGGUCAGAUAUGGCUGAAGUAAUUGCCGUCAGCGCCCCUCUGCUCCUGCCGUCCACUAUGAACGCCAUCUUCCAGGUCCAGGAGGACGCCGGUGCUUCUGCCCCUCCUCCGGCCACCCAAGGCAGCGAGGACUACCUGUUUGUGGAGACCAGGCACCCCAACACGGUCCUGCAGGGCCUCAACAGCCUGCGGCUCAACAACGCCUUCUGUGAUGUGACUCUGUGCUGUGGAGGGCAGGAGUUCCCCUGUCAUCGCAUUGUGUUGGCUUCUUUCAGCUCCUACUUCCAGGCAAUGUUUUCAGCUGAAAUGCUGGAGUCCAAGCAGGAGCGUGUUGCUAUAAAUGGCGUGGAACCUCAAAUGAUUGGCAUGCUUGUGAGCUAUGCCUACACAUCAGAAGUGUACAUCUCUAAGGCGAACGUACAGGCGCUGCUGGCAGCAGCCAAUCUGCUGGAUGUGAUGGCGGUUCGAGAGGCUUGUUGUCGCUUUAUGGAGCGUCAGAUGGACGAGAUUAAUUGUGUGGGAAUUCAUUGCUUUGCUGAGGCUCACUCCUGUAAAAUGCUGGAGAAACGCAGCAUGGAGUACAUCCUGGAGCACUUCAACAGUGUUUGUCAGCAGGAGGAGUUUUUGUCUCUGUGCGUGGACAAACUGACYGAAAUCAUCGCCAGUGACCUUCUCAACGUGCCUAAAGAGGAGGUGGUGUUCGAGGCUGUCGUGUUGUGGUUGAAUAAAUGCCCCACUCGCAAGCAGAGCUUCGAAAAGGUGCUUGAGCACAUCCGCCUGUCUCUCAUCAGCCCGUACUACCUUCAUGAUGUCAUCGAGUCUCUGGAUGUGGUGAAGGAGAGUCAGGGCUGCCAGAAGCUCAUCUCUGAGGCCAAGGACUACCUGCUGCUGAAAGACAGACGUGCAGAACUCUACAGCCUCAGAGCCAGACCUCGCAGGUCCACAGGUACAGCUGAAGUGAUUGUGACGGUUGGCGGGGAGGAUGACAAGGUGGUGCUGCGCAGCGUAGAGAGCUUCGACCCUGUGACCAACCAGUGGAAGAAUCUGGCGUGUCUGCCCUUCGCUGUGAGCAAACAUGGGCUGGUUGUCUCGGAUUCGACUCUGUAUUUGGCAGGAGGAGAGUUUCCUGAUGGAUCAGCGAGCAGAGAGAUGUGGCGCUAUGACCCCUGCUUCGACUCCUGGAUGGAGAUGGCUCCCAUGAAUGUAGCUCGCUCCGAGUUAGGUCUGGUGAUGUUGGARGGUUUUGUGUAUGCUGUGGGAGGUUGGGAGGGCCGGUCACGUCUCGAUUUAGUGGAGUGCUACAACCCUCACACCAACUCUUGGCAGUUCACCGAGUCGGUAAAAAUGGCCGUCACGAGUCCUGCGGUGGUGGCGCUGGACGGUCUGCUCUAUGUUACAGGUGGUGCUGUUUUAGAGGAUGGUGAUGGCACAAACCUCGCACAGGUUUACAAUCCAAAAACUGCUACGUGGACCGAGAUUGCGCCCAUGCAGAUCGCUCGCUCUGGUUCAGCCGCUUGUACGCUCAAAGGAAAGAUCUAUGUUAUCGGUGGAUGGCACGCCUCAACGGAGAACACAGAUAAAGUGGAGUGUUACAAUCCCAAGACUAACCAGUGGACCAUGUGUGCCCCCAUGAAGGAACGACGAUACCGACCCGGUGCUGCUGUAGUGGAUGCAAAGAUCUAUGUGUUGGGAGGAGAGGAGGGUUGGGACAGAUAUCACGACACUAUAGAGAGGUACUGUGAGGAAACGGACACGUGGGAGAUUGUCGGGGAGAUGCCCACCAGUCGCAGCUGGCUCAGCUGUGUGUCUCUCCAGCUGAUGAAGGACGUCCACAUAAGCAGUUGUCCUGUCACUCUAAACAACAACUAAAACGCGACGAGAGGAAGGCCUUAUGUGGUUAUUUGCACUUUUCUCUUUAACAAUGUGGUACUAGGCUCAGAGUUGGGAGACUGAGCAGCCUGGAGRGGUUUGAGCUCUUUGCUGGGGUCUAAAGCUCGUCGGUUUUAGUCGGUGAUUCCUCGAGGAGCUAGUUUUGGUCGAGUUACUCAUUUUGGAGUGGCAGUUGGGAUGCUGUUAACCUCAUGUUACUGUGACCCUCAGCAGUUGGGACUCUGCCUCUGUAUGAUGUGAACGUUUGUUUUGUUUUUUUAAUGUCCAGACACCUCAGCCUGAAGAUGUUCCUCGCCAACAUAGUGUAUUUUUGUAUUAUGUGUUGGAUUUAUGACAAGCUGUCAGAAUUUGCUUUUUCUUUUCUUUUUUUUUUCUGACAAUACAAAACACAUCACAAAAGCUCUGUGGGCCAAAAAGCUAUAUUGUGAAUAUUUUUAAAGUUAACCUGUGGAGAAAUGUACAUGUCUUUUUGUAAUUAAAUUUUGUGAGUUCUYAAUGAUUGUCAUCCAACCUGUGAUAUGUUGAAUAUAUUUUUGUAAUGUGUUGUCCUUCUUAUUUUGGUGAAUGUAAGUAGAUUAUAGUUGUAAUAAAGCUUUUAUUUACUAA